AUAAGUCACAAGAGCCCUGCAAAUAGUAACUUUGCCACGGGGGCACUGGAGGCGAAUGCGCCAACAAGUACAGACGUGAUUGUAUUGUCUUUGCGCUUUGCUACGCAAGAGCAUAAAAUGGAUAAAUUUCUCAAAAGAUCGCAGCCCUCCACGUCUGGUACAAGUGGCAGUGACAGAAGUGAAUCAAAACCGAAAACAAAUAGACAUUACUACGACAAUUACUUGAAAUACGAAUUUACUGUCAUGAAUAAUAAAUCUCAAUGUGUAAUUUGCGGCGAUGUAUUAUCACGUGAGAGUAUGAAACCAUCAAAGCUUAUGCGUCACCUUUCAGCCAAACAUCCCAAAGAAGCUGAUAAACCGCUGGAUUUCUUUGAAUGUAAGCUGAAAACCCUUAACCUUCAGCAAAAUACUAUGAUUCAGGUAUCCAGUGUCAACGAAAACGCAUUAUUAGCGAGUUACAGAGUUGAAUACCGAGUCGCUAAAGCAGAAAAGCCACAUACAGAUGCCGAAAAUCUUAUUUUGCCAGCAGCCCUAGAUAUGGUUGAAAUUAUGUUAGGUAGGCAGGAGGCAAGCAAGCUAAAAAGCAUACCACUUUCUGACAAUACUAUUGAACGCAGAAUAAACGAUAUGGCCAGUUACAUUCGAGAACAAGUAGUCGAGAAAUUAAAGAAGAGCCCACAUUUUGCUUUGCAGUUUGACGAAUCUACUGAUGUUUCAGAUUGUGCACAGUUUGUAGUAUUUGUGCGCUUUGAAGCAGAUGAAAGUAUCACAGAAGACAUUUUAUUUUGCAAAGCACUUUCUUCAAACACCACACGUCAGUGUUUGUACGACAUAUUUUUAGAAAGCACUCGCAACUACAAGAUUGAUUGGACAAAAUGUAUUGCCAUUUGUAGCGAUGGCGCUAAAUCUAUGACUGGACAAAAAAGCGGACUCGUUGCAAAAUUAAAAUCAAUAAUGCCUAAUAUCUCAUGGACACACUGCUUUCUUCAUCGACAUGCUCUGGUAGCCAAGGUUUUACCUUCUGAUUUAAAUGAAGUUCUUAAAGAGGUGAUCAAAAUUGUGAAUUCUAUUAAAGGUAAAGCCUUACAAACCCGACUAUUCAGAAUCAUUUGUGAAGACAUGGGUUCGCUCCAUCCAAAUCUCCUUUAUCAUACAGAGGUCAGGUGGCUAUCCAAAGGAAAGGUAUUGACAAGAGUUUUAGAACUGAAAGCUGAAUUGUUAAUGUUUUUACAAGGUGCUAAAUCUGAAUAUGCGAAUUAUUUAUGUGACCCUGUUUGGCUCCUAAAAUUAGCAUUUCUUGCUGAUCUUUUUAGCCACCUGAAUAUUUUAAACAAGAAACUCCAAGGGAGAGAAGAAAACAUUCUGACAGCUAAAGAUAAAAUCAAAGGAUUCUUCGCAAAACUUCGUUUGUGGUCAACGUCUUUGCAAAAAAAUAUAUAUGAGUCUUUCCCUUGUGUUCAGAAGAUUGUCGAAGAAACGGCAAUGGAUCAAUUGUUGGUAGUAAGUUCUCACAUCCCUUGCAUGAUACAGAGCUUGCAUAAUUUGGAAGAGAAACUAUUAACUUACUUUCCAAAACUGGACUCUGAAGCUAACUAUGGGCAUAAAUGGAUAUUAAAUCCUUUCAUAGAUAUGUCAGUACAACUGGCUGAUCUAACCACGAAGAUGAAAGAAAAUCUUAUAGAUUUAGCUGCUGACGGCAUGCUUAAAAUGGAAUUUCAUUCGCAAAAUAUUGACGUCUUCUGGAUGAAAAUAAAACAAAUGUAUCCAGAACUGGCAAGAGAGGCUUUAAAAUUAUUAGUGCCAUUCGCCACUUCUUACCUAUGUGAAUUAACAUUCUCUUCAAUGAUGGACAUACAAACUAAAAAGAGAAAUAGGCUUCAAUUAGAAAAUGAUUUAGUUGUUUGCGUCUCAAAAAUAAAACCACGUUUUGACAAAUUAUUAAAAAAUAAACAGGCACAGCCUUCUCACUGAAAUUGUAGUUUUUUUAUUGUAGUGUAGAACCUACAAACACUUGUCUUUUCCUUUUACCCGCGGCCCCCCGUGUAAGGCUUGGUGACCCCCAAGGGGGUCGCGACCCACAGGUUGAAAAACACUGCAUUAGAUAAUGCUAGUC